AUGGCCUCCUGGGACGUCGGGACCCGUGCGUGGUUCCCGAAUCCAGCAGAUGGCUUCAUACCAGGAGAGCUCGUUGAGCGGAAGAAGCUAGCUGCUGAUGACUCGACAUCGACCGUGGAGACCACCGAGGAGGCCCUCCGAGAUACUCACAAUCCCAAUCUUCCGCCGCUGAUGAACCCACCCAUGUUCGAGGCGGCGGAGGACUUGACGAAUCUGUCCCAUCUCAACGAGCCAGCCAUCCUACAAGCUAUCAAGCUUCGAUAUGCACAGAAAGAGAUCUACACAUACUCCGGCAUCGUGCUGAUAGCCACCAACCCCUUUGCGCGGGUCGACUCCCUCUACGUUCCCCAGAUGGUCCAAGUUUACACUGGAAAGCAAAGAAAUUCGCAGGCACCUCAUUUGUUUGCCAUUGCGGAAGAGGCGUAUACCGACAUGUUGAGGGACACAAGAAAUCAGACAGUGGUUGUGUCAGGCGAGUCAGGUGCUGGAAAGACUGUGAGCGCCAAGUACAUCAUGCGAUACUUCGCUACCCGAGGCACGCCUGGUCAGUCUUUGAAAGGGUCAAAAUCAAGAGCAGACGCCAUCAGUGAGACCGAAGAACAGAUUCUCGCGACCAACCCGGUGAUGGAAGCCUUUGGCAACGCCAAAACCACGAGAAACGACAACUCGUCUCGAUUUGGAAAGUAUAUCGAGAUCAUGUUCGAUAAGCAGACAGACAUCAUUGGCGCCCGAAUACGCACGUACCUUCUCGAGCGGUCAAGAUUGGUGUUCCAACCAUUGAAGGAGCGAAAUUACCAUAUCUUCUACCAGCUAGUGGCAGGCGCGACGGAACGGGAGCGGCAGGAACUGUCCCUGUUGCCAGUAGAUCAGUUCGAGUAUCUCAAUCAAGGUGGCGAUCCACGAAUAGACGGCGUUGACGAUGCUGCCGAGUUCAACAUUACGAAGAAGGCAUUCACAACAAUCAAUGUGUCGGAAAGUACGCAACGGGAGAUUUUCAAGCUUUUGGCUGCAUUACUGCACCUAGGCAAUGUCAAGAUUACAGCUACUCGGACAGACUCGUCACUAUCGGCGACUGAGCCGUCUCUGGAAAAGGCCUGUGCCAUCUUGGGCCUGAACGCUGCAGAUUUUGCGAAAUGGAUCAUCAAAAAGCAGCUCGUGACAAGAGGAGAAAAGAUCAUGUCGAAUCUCACCCAACAGCAGGCCACUGUGGUGCGAGACUCCGUUGCCAAAUUCAUCUAUUCCAGCCUUUUCGACUGGCUCGUUGAGAUCAUCAACCGUGGACUCGCGACCGACGCGGUGUUGCAACAAUUGCAUACCUUUAUUGGUGUGCUCGAUAUCUACGGCUUCGAGCACUUUGCUAAGAACUCGUUCGAGCAGUUCUGUAUCAACUACGCCAAUGAGAAACUGCAGCAGGAAUUUAACCAGCACGUCUUCAAGCUCGAGCAAGAAGAGUACAUCCGAGAAGAGAUCGACUGGACAUUCAUCGAUUUCUCUGACAAUCAGCCUGCAUCGAUCUGA